GGAAUGGUGUUCUCAGUGGAGCUGCUGGAUAGAGAAGGAGGCGAGAUUCGUGCAAGCUUGUUCAACGAAGCUGCGGAGCAGCACUAUAAGAAGUACAGCGUGCUCAAGCAUGGCUACGAGCUGGUGUUCGACGGCAGAUGUCAGAUACACAUGGUAGACGACGACGCUGACAUCGGAGCAGUGCGCCUCGCCGUGCAGAAGAUUGCUUCAGUGACACAGAUGCCUGUGCCUAGCAGCGUGGAUAUCUGCGGAGUCUUCGUUUCAGCGGAGCACCCUCAAGAGUUUCAGACCAAAGAAGGAAAAGCUUUAGUCAAGCGAGAGAUCACUGUGGCAGACGACAGCGGCCACAGCGUGCUGGUUACCUUGUGGGGUGACAGAGCCAGAUUAGAUAGUCGCGAGUUUGCCAGGGUAGCCGCCUGGUGGUACAAGGGAGGCAACCAGCAGAGAUUGACCUACAUCUCACAUUCGAGCAGCCCAGCUGGUAGUCUUCGACCUUCACAAAGAGCGACCUCGGUAGAGAUCUCAGCGAUGUCGCAGCAGGCCAUGCCUCUGUACUACAUGGCCUGCCUGGAGCUGAAAGAUGGCGGCAGCCUGCAGUGUAACCGAAGAGUUGACGAGACCGGGUACUGUCGAAUGUGCCAGAAGUCGGGGAAGGUGGGGCCGCGGCUGAAUGUGCGCUGUCGUUUUCACGAUGCUUUCGGAUCAUGCUGGGUCACAGUUUUCCACCCAGCUGCCGAGAAAGUGCUAGGUUCGACCGCCGAGUGCAUUGUCGAACUGAGCCAGCAGUCUGAGGAGAUCUGUGAAGAAGCGCUCAAGGACACAUACUACGACGAGAUGUUGGAGCUGCAGCUGCGAGCCAAGCCGGACACGUGGGGUGGCGAAGCCAGGACAAAUGUCACCUGCGUGGGAGCGCAGCGGAUCUCCAGUCGAGAACAUUCCCGCAUGCUUUUGAAAGAGAUCCACCAGCUUUUGAAGUAG